AUGACAUUGGAAAGAGUCCUCUGUGAUUUAGGUGCCAGUAUCAACUUGAUGCCUCUCUCAAUGAUGAAAAAGCUUGCAAUAAAGGAAGUUAAACAAACCAGAAUGUCACUUCAAAUGGCUGAUAGAUCACUCAAGAUACCUAAUGGAGUUGUAGAGAACUUCUUGGUGAAGGUUGGAAAAUUCAUCUCCCCUGCUGAUUUUGUCAUUUUAGACAUAGAAGAAGAGGGACACAACUCAAUUAUCUUGGGACGACCUUUCCUAGCCACAACAAAAGCUAUCAUUGAUGUAGAGAAAGGUGAAAUGAUCCUCAGGGUGCAUGAUGAGCAAAUGAUCGUCAAUGUCUUUAAAGUAAUGCAAUAUUCCCCUGAGAAAAAAAAGCAUAUGAGAGUGGAAAUGAUAGAAGAUUUGGUGGAAGAAGUGCUUGAAACCAACGGUCAAGAGGAACAAGAAGAAGAAAUAGAAGCAAAUCAAGAUGUCAUAAAAGGACAAGUAUCUGAAAUCUCUUUUGAAGGCAAGAUAGAGGAGAUGCCAAAGCAAGAAUUGAAGCCUCUCCCUCCUUAUCUCAAGUAUGCAUUCCUUGGAGGAAAGGAGACCCUGCCAGUAAUCAUCAAUUCCUCCUUAAGCAUGGAAGAUGAAGCAAAGCUAAUUGAAGUGUUAAAAAUUCACAAAACAGCUUUAGGAUGGACAAUUGAUGACAUCAAGGGUAUAAGCCCUGCUAUUUGUAUGCAUAAGAUAUUUCUAGAAGAGGAUUCAAGACAUGUAGUACGACCUCAAAGAAGGCUUAACCCAACCAUGAAGGAAGUGGUUCAAAAGGAGGUGAUGAAGUUGUGGAAUACUGGAAUCAUAUACCCAAUUUCUGACAGCCCUUGGGUGAGUCCAGUCCAAGUGGUGCCAAAGAAGGGAGGCAUGACUGUCAUCUUCAAUGAGAAGAAUGAAUUAAUCCCUACAAGGACAGUGACAGGAUGGAGAAUGUGUAUUGAUUAUAGAAGAGUGAAUGAGGCUAUAAGAAAAGAUCACUUCCAUCUCCCUUUCAUUGAUCAAAUGUUAGAAAGAUUGGCUGGCCAUGCCUACUAUUGCUUCUUGGAUGGAUACUCUGCAUAUAAUCAGAUAGUGGUGGAUCCCAAGGACCAAGAAAAGACCUCCUUCACCUGUCCCUUUGGAGUCUUUGCCUACAAGAAGAUGCCUUUUGGGCUAUGCAAUGCUCCAGCAACCUUCCAAAGAUGUAUGCUCUCCAUAUUCUCUGACAUGGUAGAAAAAUUUUUAGAGGUCUUUAUGGAUGAUUUUUCUGUCUUUGAGGGUAUUGUUCUUGGGCAUAAGGUUUCAAGCAGGGGUAUAGAAGUUGACAAAACUAAGAUAGAGAUCAUAGAAAAGCUUCCUAUACCAGUCAAUGAUGCCAAGCCAAGACUUAUUAGAUGGGUGUUGUUACUACAAGAAUUUGACAUUGAAGUGAGAGAUAGGAAAGGAAGUGAGAACCAAGUUGCAGACCAUCUGUCAAGAUUACCACAAGAGAUCAACCAAGAUGCACCACAACCAGUGAAUGAAAAGUUUCCAAAUGAACGUCUUCUUCAAGUCCAACAAGCUCCUUGGUUUGCUAAUAUUGCAAACUACAAGGUGGGAAGAAGGAUUCCCCAAGAGUUUACCAGGCAAUAA